GUAAGCCUGUGAACAGUUUGAAAGAAUGGAUGACAGUGGACAUUGACAGUAAAUAUUAAAAAUGGGUAUUUUGAUAUGUGAGGAGUAUGAACUGUAAUUACGAGAUGAAUAGAAAAAAAUGCUUUAUUUUUUAUUAAAAUGUAGUAUAAAACCAUAAUUUAAAAAAUAAAAAUUUAUCAUGAGCGAGCCAUCUCUGUAUACGCUAAAAUAUCAGCAAUUGCUCAGAGAUUUGAAAAAUACAGUGGAAGGAUUACUUAUGACUCAAGUUGCUAAUGUUUGGUCCGUUUUUGGUGGAUUGAACAGGUUUCAUAACAUUGUUGAUAAAAUAUUUAAACAUGGCUGUAAAGGUUCAGAAGUACCGGGUUACUAUAAAUUUAUUCAAGGUUUGGAAUGGUUGCAGCCUGAAAAUACAAAAUCUUUUUUUUCAAUAGACUGUGAAUAUCGUCCACAUAUUCCUUCGCAUCUAAAAACUGAUAAAUCCGCAAUAUGGUUGUACAGAAGUUUGGAAAAUCAUUCACUUUCACAAAAACUUUCAUGGUUGCUAUCUGAUAAAACACAUUUAUCCAAUUGCUACCAGUCAUAUGCAUUUCUUUGUCAAGAAAAAUAUGCUGAAGCUACAUUAAUAUGUUUGAGAGCAGUAGAAAGAAAUCAAGCAAGUUUAUUGUCAGAUAUCAACCCAUAUUUAUUUCUCCAAAAACCCAAAGAAUAUAUAAAAGUCCACAGAAGAUGUUCAUCUUUUCCUGAUAAUCAUAUGCAAAAGAUUUACACAGAGAAACUGAAUAUCAGAAGAAAAACUAUACAAGGUCUUAAUGAUGAAUUAAUGGAAAAUGGAAAAACUGAAGUUAUUGUACAAAGUAGAAUAAAAACAUGGCACAGUAUGCCAAAUUUGUUAGAACAGCAGAUGUUACCUAAAAAGAAGCCUUGUUCAAAAAGUAAAACUACUCCAAAUACACCAAUUCAUUCCAAAAAGCUUUCACCACCUUCAUCUAAGGUCUAUAGUAACUACAGGAGUCUACAACCUAGAAUAAGAAAAAAACGACUCAAUCAGACUAUAUCAUCUAAUUCAUCUGAAGUAAAACAUGUCCUAGUUGAUAACUUGAAUAUAGUUGAAUAUACACCUUCCUUAAGCAGCUCUCAAAGCAGUGGUACUACUCUUAUUAAUGAUGAAUUAACUACUUCAUAUGUUUCAAUGCCAGAAACGAAAAAAAAGCGAGCAGUAACUUCAUCACAUUCUUCCCUAUCUGUAGUAGAUUCAUUCCUGCCAAUGGCUGGUGAAAAAGAUUACAAAAAGUUUCCCAAAAAAACAUUCAUAGAGGAUGGAGGAAUGAGUGUACUUCCUGCAACUACAGGCUACUUUCCAAAACCGAGCAAGGGCCAAAGUCUAUUAUCAUUUCUAACUUCCAGUCACUUUGCUAGAACUAAUGCAGAACUAGAUAGAGAAAAUGCACAUUUUAGCAUAUCGGAAGCAAUUAUUUCUGCAAUGGAGCAGAUUCGAUGUAAGAAGAGAUUUAAUGUGAUAGAAGAACAAUUAGAUGAUAGUGACCCUGAAAUAGUAGAUCUGAAACAAAAAAUUAGAUUAAGAAGAACAAAAAGAGUAUUGGAGAAUCAGAAAAAAGCAAUAUCUUUCAGUUUACUGAGUGAUGGAAAAACUGAUACAGCUACUACUGUAAGUCCUUGCUCUACAAGCUUUUCUGAUACAAAUGCUUCAAGCUCUGAUGAAAUAGAAGAUCUAGAAAUAAAUGAAAUAUCCAAUUUAGAAGAAAAUUCUGGUCUUUCAAUGUCAAUGGCAUCUCUUUACUCUGAAGUAGAUUUAAUGAAAAGAAAUGCACAAGGUACUCCUGAUGGUGCUUCAGACAUACUGUCUGCAGAAGGUGUUGCUAUAUCUCUUAUUAGUAAAUUUAGUGAUCGACAGUUACCAAGAGCAUCUGAUUUAGAGUGGUUGGUGUCUGAAGAAGAAACUCACCAAACACUAUUGCCUCUACCAAAAAGUUGGCCUGUGAGUCCCGAUUCAGCAGAAGAACAGAUAACUUCAUUAAGAGGAACUCAAGAUUGGGCACCCCCUAGACCCCAACUAAUAUUUACUUUACACCCAAGUCCAAUAAGAAAAGAACUAAUAGCAAAACAAAAUUAUAGAUGUGCAGGAUGUAGUAUGAGGGUGGCCCCUAAGUAUGCAUCAAGAUUUAGAUAUUGUGAAUACUUGGGCAGAUUCUUUUGCACUGGUUGUCACAAAAAUCAGUUAUCACUAAUACCAGGCCGAGUGCUUCAGAAAUGGGAUUUUAAGAGGUAUCCAGUGUCAACAUUCUCCUAUAGACUGUUGGAACAAAUGUACACCGAUCCGCUAUUUAGAGUUUUUUCACUGAAUAAAAAUAUUGGAAAGAUGGCAAAGAAUCUCGAACUUUGUCAAAGAAUUAGAUUAGGGUUACACUACUUGAAAGAUUUUAUAUUCACUUGCAAACAUGCUGAGACGAUUGGAGAAAAGCUGGUUAAGGAAAUGGGAUCAGCAUUAACGGAACCAGAAGUAUAUUCUAUGGAUGAUUUAUUUAAAAUAAAAAAUGGUGAUUUGGUUACAAAGAUGAAAUCUUUAGUAGAAAUAUGUUGUAAGCAUACUUCUGAAUGCAAGUUAUGUAUGGCGAGAGGAUUUAUUUGCGAAUGUUGUCGAGCUGACGAUGUGAUAUUCCCAUGGCAGUUAAGGACAGUCUCGAGAUGUCAAAAAUGUGGUUCUUGUUAUCAUGUAAAUUGUUGGCGUCCCGAACAGGCUCCAUGCAAGAAGUGCUCACGAAUACAAAAAAGAAAAGAAAGUGUCGAUAGUAGCAAUAUAUUUUGAACAUGUAUAUAUCAAUCAAAUUUUUUAUUUUUUUAUGUAUCAGAAAAUCAAUAUAUUUUUCCAAAAA